AUGGCUCGAAACUCCAUCAUGGACCAGAACGAAACAAAGACCGACGACCAGCUCAAGGCAGUUGAUAGCAUCCCCGGCUAUCUAGUCCUUUCCGAUGAAGAACGUCUCGCGCAACUCGGCCAUCAGCAGGAGCUGAAGCGGCAAUUCUCUUUGACAACCUUGGGGGCAUUAUGCCUAUGUCUUAUGGCAACAUGGGAAGCACUUUCCACUGUCAUUGCUCAGGCACUCGUGAAUGGCGGUGCGCCAUGCUUAUUCUACAACUUCCGAUCACUCGCAGCCUUCACGACCGGUUGGAUCUCCGUGGGUGGUCUGAUUGUCUUCUGUGCAUCAGCAGCGUUUGCAGCUGGCCUGCAAACCCAGUCCUUGAUCGUCAUCAACGACGACUCCUACAUACCGGCACGAUGGCAAGGCAUGUUGUUCUACUGGGCUGUGCUUCUAUACUCAGCGGCGCUCAACAUCUGGGGGUCAAAGAUGCUGCCCCACGCAAACAUGAUCUCAGGUAUUCUCCACGUUGUGGGUUUCGUAGUCAUACUGGUGGUCCUUGGCGUCAUGGCUCCCAAGAAUACCGCGUCCUUUGUCUUCACCGAAGUCGUCAACAGUAGUGGCUGGGAGAAUGAUGGUGUGUCGUGGCUCGUGGGCUUGAUUAGCGCGGUGUAUCCUUUCCUUGGGUACGACGCUGCUUGUCACAUGGCCGAAGAGAUCCCCAACGCCCCACGCAAUGUCCCCAUUGCUAUGGUCGGAAGUGUAACUGUUAAUGGCCUGAUGGGCUUCAUUUACUGCACGGUUCUCCUGUUCUCGACUGGGUCACUGGAAUCCCUUUUGACUACACCGACCGGCUUCCCCUUCAUGCAGAUUUAUCUCGAUGUUACCAGAUCUCGGGCCGGAGCGACAGUGCUCUCGCUCCUAGUGAUCUUGAUUGCAAUUGCUGCAACAGUAGGCGGCAUCACCUCCGCUUCCCGCACUCUGUGGGCUUUCGCUAGAGACAGAGCUGUUCCAUUCGACUCGCAUUUCAGUUACGUCAACAAGAAGCUUCAGGUACCAGUAACCUCUAUAGUAUUUGUUACUGUGGCCCAGAUUCUUCUCGGCUUUCUGUACUUGGCGAACACUACCGCUUUCAAUGCCGUAUUAUCCAUGGCGAUUAUCGGCAUCUAUCUUUCCUACAGUAUUCCUAUUGCUUAUAUGUUGUUCGUCGGUAGGGGCAAGCUCACUCGCAAGGAAUACGGGCCUUUCAGGUUGGGCCCGGUUGUGGGGCCGGUCUUGAAUACUAUCAGUCUUGUCUGGAUGACCGUUGUCAUCAUUUUUAGCACUUUCCCUUCAUCACAACCGGUUACUGCCCAGAAUAUGAACUAUUCUACUGUUGUCAUGGCAGGUUGGUUAGUCUUCGGACUUGGUUAUUAUGUCAUCCGAGGCCGGGCAAAAUUUGAGGUUCCAGUUGUAGUUUCGGAUAUCGUUGAAGGAGUUCGGGAUAAUUGA